AUGCCUGCCAAUUUUAAGCCAUUUCCAUGUUUUAUGGAUGCAGACGCAGACAACACAGAUGAUAGCAUCAUAAGACUGGAGGAUGUGCUCCGUGCAGAUGUAAAACCGAUGCAAGGGAAAAACAUAUUCUUCCACGAGACGAGUUGUCAUCCGCCAGGAUCGAAGUACAUAAUGAACUUGACAGCCAGACAGGCGUGUUCCAUUGAAUCGGCAGCAUUGCACAAUCCAAACUUUGAGGUAUUUGUUCUCUUUGCGAGUCCCACCUAUCUACCCGGAGCUGAAAGGCCGAAGUUACCACUGAUUGAGGCUCUUCAAAGCUACAAGAAUGUACAUUUUCGUCAAUUAAAUAUUUGGCGUUAUGCGAAGGACACUCCAAUCGAGGAGUGGAUCAACAAAGGACUACUUUUUGAAUCAAGCUAUUUAAAGGAACACACCUCGGAUUUUCUGCGUAUAUUGAGCCUCUAUCGCUAUGGCGGUAUCUACUUGGACAUUGAUGUUGUAGUAUUGCGUAGCAUGGAAAAUAUUCCAUUGAACUAUGUGGGAGCAGAGACUCCUGAUGCGCUAUGCGGUGCAGUCUUUAGUCUGGAUUCCACGGGCACAGGUCACGAUAUUUCCGAACUAUGUUUGAAAGAUUUUCAAGAAAAUUUCAAUGGACAACAGUACAUCACAAAUGGACCUAGUUUAGUGAUGCGAGUGACCAAAAAAAUAUGCAACUCAACAUCGAUACAAGAAAUUGUGGCAGAGCAAAGAAAUUGUAACGGAUUUCAAGUAUUCAAUACGACGGCAUUUUAUCCGAUUCCUUGGCCAUCAUGGCGACGAUUCGUUGAACCUCAAUAUCUCAAUGAAACAUUAGAACAGACAAAGGAUUCGUAUUUAAUACAUUUGUGGAAUAAGGUGUCGAAGGAACGGAAAUUCAAAAAGGGCGAUGACACUGCCUACGGAAAGUAUGCGCAAGAACACUGUCCCAAGGUCAAUGCGGCAGCUGACGAAUACUUUUAA